UGAAAAUAUCGAGGAUUUUAUCGUGUUUCUUGUCUGUUUAUCAUGAACAGCGGUAUUCACGUGCUUAACCCGAAUAUGGAAACUAUUCCUUUAGAUUCGACGAUCACCAUCGAAGACACGGAGUCGGAGACGGAUAUGAUCGAGUUGGAUUCGAGUUGCGACACGGACAUCGCUUGUCUCGACGGCAAUCCCAUAUACGAUCCGAAGAACAAUGAGAACUCGUCCCCGAUCGACGACAUCGAUGCAACUAACGACGAGGUGACAACUCACUCGUCGAAAGAUUUACAGUCCGUCUCGUCGAACGACGAUGUUCGGCAACCCAUUUUUAAGGUUAUGUUUCGUGACGAGAGUGUCUCGAGGCAAUAUCGACAACAAAUAAAAGAUUUUUUGCAUUCUUUAGUGCAAUUAAAACCAUCCAAUAAGCAAGAUGUAAACGUAUCAAGUUUGAUUUUAGAAGUUUGGGAUAAUAAAGAUAGUUCCAAAGAUCAAGAAUUGUCUAUCGAUAUAGAAGACAAUAAUGCAUUAAAUGAUAGCACAGAAAACACUGAUGUAUGUGAUUCACUGUUUAUGAUUGAUAAAAAGCCAACUUUCCUGAAUGAUUUAGAUGUUCCAACAUAUGGACAAAAAUAUGAGGAUAUUACUGAAGAAUCAAACUCUGUAACAAGAAAAGGUUACAUGCCAAAAUUAAAUUGCUUCAAUUGUAAUGGAAAUCAUAAUUUUCGAGAUUGUCCAUUGCCUAAAAAUCAAAACAAUAUUAAUAAAAAUCGUAAAGAAUUUAUGAAAAAUAAUUCAGGAGUUCGGUAUCAUAUGAGUGAGGAUCAAAGGUUUAGUCAUAUGAUUCCUGGUCAGUUAAGCCACAAACUACGAAAGGCUCUAGGAUUGAAAGACAAUCAACUACCUAAGCACAUAUAUAGAAUGAGAUUACUUGGCUACCCUCCAGGGUGGCUGGAAGAAGCGCGCUUACAACAUUCUGGAUUAUCAUUGUUCAAUUCUGAUGGAAUAGCGGAAACUGAUCCAAAUGAAGAAGAGGGAGAAAUCAUUACAGAUAUAGAUAGAGAUCAAUAUGAUAUAAAAAAAAUAUAUGACUUUCCUGGUUUUAAUGUGCCCUCUCCUCCUGGUACUAUUGAUGAUAGCCACAAAUAUCGGGCACCAAAAAUACAACCUAUGCAUAGUAAGGAAAUAAUGUUAUUAUACUUACAAGGUAAAAAAACCGAUGACGGUUAUAAGCGAAAAAAAUUGAAAUUAUCUACAUCAAUAGUUAAUGCUUUAGAUAUGUCUAGUGAUAUGGACAUAGAAGAUACGGGAGGAGAAAAUGUUGUGGAAAAUGUGCCUGUUAAUGGACAUUUUAUACCACCAUUACCAACAGAAUCAGUGCAAACGCCACCAGCACCACCACCAUCUGAAUUAUUUCAAUCAAUAACAGAAGAUUCAGACUCACAGUCGCAAGAAUUGCCUUCCCUUGAUUCUGUGGAUGAUAUAGUCUUGACUGCGAAUUCACCGUCUCUAUCUGACUUAGAAAGUACAAAAAAAAAAUUACUCAUAGAACUUGAAGAUAAUAGUUCGCAAUCUAAUUCUGGUUCCACAUCACUUAAAAACGAUUUAAACAAUACAUUUGCUGCAUUUUCCAGUAUAGCAGUUACGGCUCAAUCAAAUUGCUCUUCUAUCUCUCAAGAAUGCUCAAAUGCUGAUAAAGAUUCUAUAGGGUCGGGUUCACAAUUUCAUCUAUCACUUAACAAUGAAUUGAACAGCAAAUUAGACAUGUCAAUUCCCAAUGAAACAAUGUCUCAAUUCAGUUCUACUCCAAUUCUAUCUUCUAAAUUUCUAAAUACAAGUCAAACUUCUGUCAAGUCAGUGCACUUAGGUACACCGAUAUUGCAAAGUACUUCCCCAUAUAAUAAACUACCGUCAUCAGAAAAAUUUUCCAAAGAUAUUUGCGAUGUUAUCAAUUUCGAAAAUUUACCUGACACGACAGGUAAAUAUGAACAAAUGACAGGAGUCUUGCAAAAAGUAAGAAAUACUAUGGCAAGAUUGCAUCAAUAAGCAUAAACAAUUUACACAGGACUGAUACAUUUAGUAAGUAUAUGAUAUUUAUACAGAAAAUAGAAUAAGUAAUAUGUGAGAUUAUGAAUGAAAAUACUGAAACGCCAUUUAAAAAAGUUAUUCUUUUUUUUUUUAACUCGAUAAAAGAUAC